UUGGUUGUUCAAAUACCUCCUCUGCAUUCUUUGAUUUGGUCUUUUGUUUCAGGUCUCGACCCAGCUAGACCUCUGGUUGCUGAUUACGGUUCAAGAUUAUUUCGUCUUGGAAGAGAAGACGCUUAUGUGGUCCAAGUGGUUCACACAAACGCUGGGUUUUUAGGAGAAAGUGGCCAAAUAGGACACGCUGAUUUUUGCGUCAACGGUGGCAGGAUGCAACCAGGAUGCAAGGGUCAUUUGAUGCGGGUAGCCAGAUGCAGUCAUUUCAUGAGCGCGUGUUAUUUCUCUGCGAGUGUUAGCAAAAGGUUGCGCAUCGUGGGAGUCCCUUGUGACUCGUCUUGUCCGAAACAGGAUCGGUGGGGAAUUCGACCUGGAGGUCGACCCUUGAAACUUGGAGACGAUGUUCCCGACUCGUUAGUAUUUAAUUAUUUGGUGACGAUGUAUAUACUUAUGCAUGUAGCCCGUGGUAUGUACUGCGUGAGUUUGGACCAUCAACAGAACUGUCCCUUCGAUUAA